UUUAUUAUAGAUGGCUGUAUUGGUAAUAUAGUCCUUUAUAUUAAUCUUUAUUCUGUUCCAGAAUAUGGGCUGUCAUCAUAUGCCAAUUUUCGGAAUAUCAGUGACCAUCUUAGUAAUGAGUUUAUUUUUUGGGUCAUCAGGAAGCGUGAGCACACUGGGAUCCAGGGAGGUUAGGAUUCAAAAGAGCUGGGAAGCUCAAAUAGAGAGAUGAGAGCAUGGAAGAUGCUUUAGUAUUUUGCCUAAUAGCUCUCCCUCUGUGCUUCUGUAGGUAACAUUCCUCAAUUCAAGCCAGAAUCAUGAAACCAAUAAUGAAGCUCCCCUAUGCCAGUCCCUAAGUUGUAGUUACUAGAUAGGACUAACUCUCUAGGUUAUGACCCAAUCUCAGACACUUUUGAGAGUGAAAGAGGCACUAUAAAUAAGCACACAAGACCACAGAUGUAGAUGGAGCAUAUCCCAGGCAAAUUGGUGUCUAUGGGCAGCCUAUCCUUAGACUGACAAUGCUAACUGCGUUAGCAACACCUGGAGUCCUUAUUGAGCAUUCUGGUUCCCAGAUGCCACCUCAGAAUUUCUGAAAUAAGUAGUACUGGCAAGUUUGCAUUUUAACAAGGACUCCAGAUGGUUCUUAUCCAACUAAAGUUUUAGAUCCAAUAGCCCCAUGAGAUGCUUGUCAAAGCAAGUUACUAUUAUUUGACAGGAUGUAAUUUAACUACCCCCUACUUUUUAUUCAUUAUUGGAGAUUUAUACUGGGACGUUUAUGUUAUUACUUGGUAUAAAAUGCAAAAUUAUCAGGAAUGGAGUUUAGUUUAUAUCAUUACCUUGUGUUGAGAUGAUUAAUCAAUAAUAAACUUAUUUGUAGACUCCGGAUAGUAGCUCAAACUGAACAUUGGUAUGUGGAUGGAGAGAUAACUCAUUGCAUUUUCAUUCAUGCUUUAUAAGAAAAGUAAAGCUUAAAAUCAGAAUUUGAAUGGACUUUGACACUAGAGUUAUUCUAAAGGAGUGGAGAAUUAUACAAACAGAAUUUAGUAGCACACGUAAGCCCAUGAAUCGAGUGACUCCAAUUCUUGUCAGUUUUCUUAUUCGUGAGUGUUGCUCUAUUUUUCGGCUCUUAAUAACAACUAAAAGAGUUCAAAAUUCUUGAUCUCUUUUAAAAAUAUCUCUUUUAUAAAUCACAGCAUCGUUAAAGUUAGGAAGUUAACCUUUGGAUAAGACCAAAGGUCCUAUUAUUAAGUUUUCCUUUUUUUGGAAAAAGAAAAACUUCAAGUUUUUUCAGUAGCAUAGAUCUAUUAAUGGGGAAUUUCAGUUACUGAAUAUAUGGUACCAAGAACUUUGAGAGAGAGAAAAAGUAUUUUUACUGCAGGUGGUGAUUAAAAACUUUAUUGACACUAAUAAAACUAUUAGAUAAUCCCCAAGCUGUAUACGUGGGGUAUUUGAAAAGGUUAAAUGUAACAAAGAUGAAAGCAGUUGUCUCUGAAAGUGGAAAUCACAAAUUUUUGAGUUAUUUUAUUUAGAAUCAUAAUUAAAGUUCUUUUUGCCCAUAUAAGAUGUGUAUCAAAAAGUGAAACUUCUCCCUGUAUAACUUAUUUCUCAAUAAAACCAUUUUUCUCUUCUCUUAAAGACAGGAACCACCACUUAGCCUGUGCAGUAGCAAUAGUAAAGGCAUUAUGGAGUGAACAAUAUUCUAUAGGUAAUAAUUUUUCCCAAGAAGCCAAUUUUGGCCUUGAGCAUUGUGAAAAUAAAUGUGGCUAAAUCGAGGCCGGAGAAUAAUUGCCACUUAUGAAGCACUCACUCUCCUUAAGGUACUAUCCUAGGCACUUAAUAUGUCAUAAUUCACACAACCACCAUAUUAUUAUUAUUAUGGAAGUGGAAACUGAGGCAGAGAGAGGUUAAACUAUUUUUCCCCAAGUCACACAACUAGUAAGUUGGAGGAUAGGAAUCGGAAUGGAGACAUUUCUGAUGCUGAAGCCAGUGAUCUUCUCUCUACAUUUUAAUGAUGACUGGAAUUUAGGAGUUGCAAAUACCUCACGGAGAAUUGAUGCUUGAGAUUAGUGUCUAAAAAAGAUUUAUUUAACUUCAAAAUAAUGAUGAAGAGAAGUGAAUUAAGUGUCAUAACUUGAAAAGACCUAAAUUUGUUACCAGCAAAAUUCUAGUACACUCAAUUAUACAAAUAUUAAGGGUAUUUUCAAAUUUAGCUAAUGAUAAUCAUGAUUAGGGAAGGAAUUACUUGUCUGAGAUUCUACAUUCACAAACGCUGCACUAGAGAUGGACGAUGAUUAUUAUUACAUACAAAAGAGACAUAAAGUCCAGAGGGAUACAAAUACGUAAAAAUAGAAUUAAAAGAUAUGAAUGAAGGAAAAGUUUUCAAAUUCAUGGAGUUGUACUUACACAUUAAGCCACCGGAUGUCGCUGUCUUCCACAAAAUGGCUUUGCAGAACAAAGGCAUAAUCCUGUGUUUCUCAAGGACUGGGAAGGAGCUACAUUCUGAGAUCUCAGCCAUUUCGAUCAAAUCGGAUGUAAGAAAUCGAAUAGGAAAAUUCGGAGCGUGUGUGUGUUUUAGGCCGCUGAUUCAUCGAUUUGUAAAACAAGAGAAAGGUGUGAUGUUGGUCUACAGACCCAGCGGCCUGAGAGCCUGGCGCUUGCUUCUCUCGCCUCUGCUCCUCGCAGUCUGGAAGGUCGGGAGCGGCCAGGUCCACUACUCCGUCUCCGAGGAGGCCAAACACGGCACCUUCGUGGGCCGCAUCGCGCAGGACCUGGGGCUGGAGCUGGCGGAGCUGGUGCCGCGCCUGUUCCGGGUGGCGUCCAAAGGCGGCGGGGACCUUCUGGAGGUAAAUCUGCAGAAUGGCAUUCUGUUUGUGAAUUCUCGGAUCGACCGGGAAGAGCUGUGCGGGCGGAGCCCAGAGUGUAGUUUCCACCUGGAGGUGAUCGUGGACAGGCCGCUGCAGGUUUUCCAUGUGGAGGUGGAGGUGAAAGACGUUAACGACAACCCACCGGUCUUCUCCGUCUCAGAACAAAAGCUCUCAAUACCUGAAUCUCGACUGCUUGACUCUCGGUUUCCGCUAGAAGGCGCAUCUGACGCGGAUAUUGGAGAGAACGCAAUGCUUACUUACAGACUCAGUCCAAAUGAGUUUUUCGUUCUUGAUGUUAUAAACAAAAAAGACAAAGGCAAAUUCCCAGUGCUUGUUCUACGAAAACUGCUGGAUCGUGAAGAAAAUCGUCAGCUUCAGUUGUUAUUAACGGCAACGGAUGGAGGCAAACCUGAACUUAUGGGAUCUGUUUCUCUGCUGAUCCUGGUAUUGGAUGCCAAUGAUAAUGCCCCUAUAUUUGACCGAUCCCUUUAUGAAGUCAAGAUGUAUGAAAAUUCAGCGAACCAAACGUUAGUAAUAUGGCUAAAUGCUUCUGAUGCGGAUGAAGGGUUAAACAAAGAAAUGAUGUAUUCAUUUAGCUCUUUGGUCUCACCUAGCAUAAGAAGGAAAUUUCUAAUGAAUGAAAGGACAGGAGAAAUAAGAGUAAAUGAUGCUAUUGACUUUGAGGAUAGUAACACUUACGAAAUUCAUGUAGAUGUUACAGAUAAAGGAAUCCCACCGAUGGUUGGUCACUGCACCGUCCUAGUGGAAAUCCUGGAUGAAAAUGAUAAUUCGCCUGAGGUGGCUGUCACUUCUUUGACUCUCCCGGUGCAAGAGGAUGCUCAGGUGGGCACCGUCAUCGCCUUAAUCAGCGUGUCCGACCGUGACUCUGGCGCCAACGGCCAGGUGACCUGCUCACUAACACCCCAUGUCCCCUUCAAGCUCGUGUCCACCUUCAAGAAUUACUAUUCGCUGUUGCUGGACAGCGCCUUGGACCGCGAGAGCGUGGCGAACUACGAGGUGGAGGUGACAGCGCGGGACGGGGGCUCGCCUUCUCUGUCGGCCACCGCCAGCGUGUCCGUGGAGGUGGCCGACGUGAACGACAACGCGCCGGCAUUCGCGCAGCCCGAGUACACGGUGUUCGUGAAGGAGAACAACCCGCCCGGCUGCCACAUCUUCACGGUGUCUGCGCGGGACGCGGACGCGCAGGAGAACGCGCGCGUGUCCUACUCGCUGGUGGAGCGGCGGGUGGGCGAGCGCGCGCUGUCGAGCUACGUGUCGGUGCACGCGGAGAGCGGCAAGGUGUACGCGCUGCAGCCGCUGGACCACGAGGAGCUGGAGCUGCUGCAGUUCCAGGUGAGCGCGCGCGACGCGGGCGUGCCGCCUCUGGGCAGCAACGUGACGCUGCAGGUGUUCGUGCUGGACGAGAACGACAACGCGCCCGCGCUGCUGCCGCCUGGGGCGGGCGGCGGGGGCGGCGCGGUGAGCGAGCUGGUGGCGCGGUCGGUGGGCGCGGGCCACGUGGUGGCGAAGGUGCGCGCGGUGGACGCGGACUCGGGCUACAACGCGUGGCUGUCUUACGAGCUGCAGCCGGCGGCGGGUGGCGCGCGCAGCCCAUUCCGCGUGGGGCUGUACACGGGCGAGAUCAGCAUGACUCGCGCCCUGGACGAGGCGGACUUGCCGCGCCAGCGCCUGCUGGUGCUGGUGAAGGACCACGGCGAGCCGGCGCUGACGGCCACGGCCACCGUGCUACUGUCCCUGGUAGAGAGCGGCCAGGCGCCUAAGGCCUCGUCGCGGGCGUCGAAGGGCACCACCGACCCAGAGGUGACUCUGGUGGAUGUCAACGUGUAUCUGAUCGUCGCCAUCUGUGCGGUGUCCAGCCUGUUGGUGCUCACGCUGCUGCUGUACACGGCGCUGCGGUGCUCGGCGCCGCCGACUGAGGGCGCGUGCGGGCCAGGGAAGUCCAGGCUUGUGUGCUCCAGCGCGAUGGAGAGUUGGUCUUACUCACAGCAGAGGCGGCAGAGGUGUGUUCUGGGGAGGGGCCGCCCAAGACCGACCUCAUGGCCUUCAGUCCCAGCCUUCCACCGUGUUCAGUACUCGAUGCGAAAGUGGAAGAACAGUCAAUUGGAGGGGACCAAUCUAGGAAGGUGGGUUAUUUUUUAUUUUCAUUUAUGCUUUGUGAAUAUUUUAUUUCACCAUUUUUUCCCCUCAAAUACAUGUCUCGAAAUAUCUUCAUCCUAUUAUCUAUACAGCGUAUGUCUAUAGUACCUCAAAUAUUUCUAGUAAUACCUAUGGUAAUAUGGUUUAUUCUAAAAGCUCAUUUUAUAUUU